ACCAAAUAAAAACAAUUGCGUGUUCUCGCUAAUAAAGUAAUAAGAAGUAUUUGUAGAGUAUGUAUCGGGGCCAAAAAUAAAUUUCUGAAUCGUUCUCAGAUUUAUGCAAUUAGGAAACUUUAAACACAAUUAGAGAAGCAUCUUGGCAUUCAAAGUUUAAAAAUUGGGUUCGCGUGAGUGUAACAUGAGAAAAACAUUGAGAUCAAUAGCAAGAGGAACGAAAUGCACAUGUUUUGUAAGUUAGCACGAAGAAAUGGCAGGAUGUUAGAAAAACUACAGCGACGCUCAGAGACCCUCGUCAUUUUUCUUAACUUCCGGAUUACGUAAUCUUUCUGAAACGGUAGAGGAAACUAGGGAGGUGUUGACAAUGGAGCGAUUCUCAGACUUCCGGUCCCUGCUUGUAACAUUAGCAUUUCUGUUAACGUUUUGGGACCGGUCCAGAUAUGUGUCGGGGUCGGAUGAAGAGGGCCUGCUGAUGCAUCAACUCCUGGGCCACGCCUACAACAACUUGGUCAGACCGCGGGGUGAGGGCGUCAAUGGAACCUUGAAAGUGAAAAUAGGGAUGAGGUUAUCACAACUCUUAGAUAUGGACGAGAAAAACCAGAUAAUGAAGACGAGCGUCUGGUUACACCAAGAAUGGUCGGACAAGCGUUUAGUGUGGGACCCCCAGGAUUUCGGUGGUAUCGAUAUGACUCAGAUUCCGUCGUCAAUGCUGUGGAAGCCAGACAUUGUACUGUACAACAACGCCGACGGAGAAUUCAUCGUGAAACAUGACAUUAAAGCUAAAGUUUACAGCACGGGACGAAUUGUGUGGGAACCGCCAGCCAUCUACAAGAGUUAUUGCCCCAUAGAUGUGGAGUUCUUCCCCUUUGACAGACAGGAAUGUUUCAUGAAGUUUGGUUCCUGGACGUACGACAUGGAGCAGAUAGAUCUCCGGCACAUCUGUGACGAGAAAGCCAUCACGUACAUCGUCGGGGACAAAGAAGAACGCGUGAUCGACCGAGGGGUGGAUCUAAAAGACGUCUACUUCAACGUGGAGUGGGACAUCCUGAAUGUGACGGCCACGUGGAGGGUGAAAUCGUUCCCCUGCUGCGAUAUCUCUUAUCCGUACAUCAUGUUCAACAUCACGCUCCGCCGGCGUCCAUUGUUCUACUCCCUUAACCUCAUCAUGCCGUGUUUGUCUAUUUCCGGUCUGACGGUGCUGGUGUUCUACCUGCCCUCAGACAGCGGGGAGAAGAUCACCCUCUCCAUCUCUAUCCUCCUUGCCCUCACUGUGUUCUUCCUCCUCCUCUCAGACAUCAACCCUCCGACAUCUUUUGUCAUCCCACUCAUCGGGAAAUACCUCCUCUUUACCAUGAUUUUGGUGACGUUAUCUAUAUUUCUAGCGGUGAGUUCGAUUGGAAUCACCAAUAGGAAACCCUCAACACACAGCAUGAGCCCGUGGGUAAAGCGAGUCUUUACUGACAUACUGCCGAGUGUGUUAAGAAUGGAAAGGCCAGGGUUUAAGAAAAGUAAAUCCUCGGUGGUUGGAGGUUUAAUACAUUGCAUGAAAAAAGACUACCACUGUUCGUUACAUUUAUUGAAUAUAAACGAUGAGCCAAAGAAGAAAUCGCAAGAAUUCCUUGAAUACCCGAAGCGUGUCCAGAGCGCCGUUAACGGUGUGCAGUUCAUUGCAGACAACCUCAGGAAGAGUGACGAAGUCAAAAUGGAAGAGCUGGAUUGGAAGUACAUCGCUAUGGUGGUGGACCGCCUGUUUCUCUAUCUCUUCUCGGCGGCUUGUCUCUGUGGAACUUUUACCAUAUUUCUAUACGCCCCCUCUCUGUAUGACCCGCGUAAUGCGCUGACGAUGAAUGACGUCACUGAAGAUUGGUGGUGCGCUACUGAGAUAGUUUGUUCCGGGAUGGAGCCGUGGUGCCUGCUAGUGGCGCUGAUGUCACUCGAUGUGGGUGGCGCUGUCACUAUGAAGGAACCUGCCGAGAAAAAACUCCACGAUCACCUGUUGGGGGAGAGGUACAGCAACCUGAUCAGGCCCACCGGAAACAGCUCUGUGAAGCUGACCGUGAAACUCGGGCUCCGGCUGUCCCAGCUACUGGAGAUCGAUGAGAAGAAUCAAAUCAUGACAACGAGUGUUUGGCUGCGACAGGAAUGGUUCGACCUCAGACUGAGAUGGGAUCCCAGGUCCUACGGGGGAAUCCAGGUCACCCACAUCCCGUCAGAGAGUCUCUGGAGACCAGAUAUAGUACUCUAUAACAAUGCAGACGGAGCGUUUGAGAUCACACUUCUAACUAAGGCGACUGUUUACUACACGGGACGAAUAGUGUGGGAACCGCCAGCCAUUUAUAAAAGCUAUUGCCCCAUUGACGUGGAGUUCUUUCCCUUUGAUAUGCAGGAAUGCUUCAUGAAAUUCAGUUCCUGGACGUACGACGGUUUUGAAAUAGAUCUGCAGCACGUGUGUGACUCGCAGGCGGUGUUCUACGAGGACACAAAGGUCAAAAUCAUUGACCGUGGUAUUGACCUCAAAGACUUCUACCAGAACGUGGAGUGGGACGUCAUCAACGUCACGGCCCGCCGGAUGGAGAAGUUCUACCCCUGCUGCCCCCAGCCCUACCCCGACAUCAUGUUCAACAUCACGCUCCGCCGGCGGACGCUGUUCUACUCCCUGAAUCUGAUCAUGCCUUGCCUGACCAUCUCAUGUCUGACAGUGCUGGUGUUCUACCUGCCCUCAGACAGCGGGGAGAAGAUUACACUGUCCAUCUCUAUCCUCCUGGCCCUCACUGUGUUCUUCCUCCUACUGUCAGACAUCAGUCCUCCGACGUCCUUCGUCAUCCCGUUAAUCAGUAAAUACCUGCUGUUCACAAUGAUUGUGGUGACACUGUCCAUUUUCCUGGCGGUAUACACACUGGGCAUUCAUUUUCGAAGACCCUCCACACAUAAGAUGAGUCCGUGGGUCAAGCGAGUUUUUACGGAAAUUCUUCCGAAAAUAUUGUUGAUGAAAAGGCCAGACCUGAAUUGGAAAUCGAAUGACAAUAAAUACCGGGCGGUGAACGGUAUAGAGAUGCAAGACGUUCCGGACAACCAUGACAUCACCACGAGGGUGGGGUGGAACGCGGGCUCCACGGAGGGGCUGCGCGGGCGGGCGCCGUCCAGGGACUCCAUAGAAAUCAAGAGGUAUCCGAGGGAGGUCAUUGAGGCCAUAGAGAGGGUCAAGUUCGUGGCGGACCACUUGCGAGAUGCGGACGCGGAUAAUAUGGAGGAGAGAGAUUGGAAGUACGUUGCUAUGGUGAUGGACCGUUUAUUUUUGUACAUUUUUACGACAGCGUGUGUUUGUGGUACCCUUAGUAUAUUUUUGUAUGCGCCAUCUUUGUACGACCCCCGGGGUCCCCUCAGUCUGGACGAUCAGCUCAACUGUACAUACUAAAUGUAUGUACUGAUUGUGUAUAUAUACUGUGUAUAUUGACCCUACAUACCGUUAUACAUACUGGGUUUACAUAGUCAUGUUUCUACACUACAUAUUGACGUUACCUUUUGAUACAAACAUAUCAUUUGUACAUUUCUGCAUUUCUAUAAACUGUAAAUACUCGGAAUAUAAAGUGACUGGAUACACUAAACACUGUUACUUCUAAAUAACUUUACAUAUACCGACUUGUACAGUAUUGUUGUAAUACUAACAUUAUAUACCCACAUACAUUGUUAUCAUACCAACAUGCAUUUAGUUGUGAUUUUAUAGUCACUAAGGGAACAUAGACAAUAUAUAAACAAAUACUGAUUGAAUCUACAAGUACUGUAACCACCCUGUGUACAUGCUGAUCGAUCUACACCACUUACUGUACAGUCACAUUAACUGGACCUUUAAACAGUACACCACUUACUGUACAGUCCCAUAUUCUGGUCAUAAAACAGUACACCACUUACUGUACAGUCACAUAUACUGGUCAUAAAAACAGUUCACCACUUACUGUACAGUCACAAAAACUGGACGUAAAAACAGUACCCCACUUACUGUACAGUCACAUAAACGGGACGUAGAACAGUACACCAUUUACUGUACAGUCACAUUUACUGGACGUAAAAACAGUACACCAUUUACUGUACAGUCACAUAAACGGGACGUAAAAACAGUACACCAUUUACUGUACAGUCACAUAAACGGGACGUAAAAACAGUACACCAUUUACUGUACAGUCACAUUUACUGGACGUAAAAACAGUACACCAUUUACUGUACAGUCACAUUUACUGGACGUAAAAACAGUACACCAUUUACUGUACAGUCACAUAAACGGGACGUAAAAACAGUACACCAUUUACUGUACAGUCACAUUUACUGGACGUAAAAACAGUACACCAUUUACUGUACAGUCACAUUUACUGGACGUAAAAACAGUACACCAUUUACUGUACAGUCACAUAAACAGGACGUAAAACAGUACACUUACUGUACAGUCACAUUUACUGGACGUAUAAGUAGUACACCACUUACUGUGCAGUCACAUUUACUGGACGUAAAAACAGUAGACCACUUAUUGUACAGUCACAUUUACUGGACGUUAAAACAGUGUUCCACUCUUUGUACAGUCGCACUGACUGUAUGUAAACACUGUACACCACUAACUAUACAUUCGUACUGUACACAUUUUUUGGGACAUAUUCACAGUACAUACCAAGAUUCCUCUUUCAAACAAUGUAUAUUUUUAUUAGGUAAAAACUAGAUUUAUAUAUUUAAUAGUGAUUAAACCAGGAAUAAGUACUGUGGUCAUUUACUUUUGUUUUGAUGCCAACGUCCCCGAUUUUAUUUACUUGUCUGUUUGUCCGUCCGUCUGUCUGUUGUUGUCUGUUAGAAGCAUCAUUGCAUCUCAUCAUUUGAAUUAUAUAUUUGAAUAGAUAAAAAUAGCGU